UCCUCUGACCAUGUGACCUUUGGACCCACCCACAUUCACCUGGAGCUCUCUGGCAGCUCCUGAUUCCCUCCAGGAGACCUCAGCUUUGUUCCAGAGAGUUUUUCCUUUGCACUGGACUGCCACGGACUGAGGCUAUAUGUCAUUUAUUCCCUUCCCUUCUAACCGUUGACACUGGGGUCGGCUUGCAGCUAUUCCUGCUUGACUUUCUACUGCGGGAGAGCAGAACCAGGGGCUCUUUGGGAACGACCAGGUGCUUCCAUCCAGGUCAUCGGCGUACCUGUUUUCCACCUGCGAUUUCCGCACAGGGCGCAUCAUGUGGAGUCCUCCAUGUCUUCUUUUGCUGUUCCAAGCCCUCAGCCACAGCUUUGCCGUUCCAUUCCACAAGCAGCCGGAACACCAGCAGACUCUAGAGGAUCAAGUGAUCCUGGAUGACGCUACUGCACAUCGAUUCCUGAGCCGUAAGCCUCUUUAUAACCACUGGGAUUUUGAGCUGUUCACGCCAGGCAACUUGCAGCGCGAAUGCAUAGAAGAAAUUUGCAACUACGAAGAAAUGCGCGAAGUCUUUGAGGACGACUUCCAAACAAAAAUGUUUUGGGAUAACUAUGAACACAACGGGAAAGGAGGCUCAACUUCCACAGAAAGACCUGGUGUUGACGUGGCCGGCCUGGUGGCAGGCCUCGUAGGAGCGUUGGUGUCUGUAGUCAUGUUUGUGAUUGUGGCCAUGUAUUGCAUCAAAUACCGGAAUAAGCAGAGGAGCCGUUCCAGGGCUCAAAGCGACCUGUAUCCUGCGGUGCCCCUUGCCACCUUUGUCGAGGAGCCAAAGCCAGAGUCAGCACCGGGACUUCCAACCUAUGAUCAAGUGCUGGAAACUUCAGGUGUGCACGAUGCACCUCCUCCACCUUACCACAGGAAUAGCACCAACACUGCCCCACCAACCUGAGUUGUCAACAGCAAGAUCACCACUCUUUGAAGAAAGUGUACCACCCUCCCCGCCAAUUUAUGUGCAGAAAAAAAACACUGUGAAUUCACCUGCAGCAUACCUGAGGGGGGACGGGGCACACAUACACAAAUAUGAUGUGGACCACUGAAUUAUGUAUAUUGCAUAUAUGUGUGUACUAUGUACAGAGAGAAAAAAUGUGUGUGUGAAGACAGAAAGCUGCAUUAUAUUGUUUGAGGAAUAAGAAUCUGAAAUGUGAAUAAUACGGCUGUUCUCCGCUACUCUGGCAUAAAAAUGAAUCACCAAAUUUACAGCUCCGAAUCCAGCAUUUGCGCAGGUUUCUGACACAAAUCCCUCCCUCCUGCCCACCACCUGUGUCAUGUGAACAAGCCUUGUUAUAGCUGUGUCUUUCUUCUGUCAUGGCUUGCAUGCGCUAGCUAGAGUUUGACAGAGGGUGGAUGGGAUACCUGCUUGUUUUCAUGCCUGAUAAAAUAAUUCUCAGAGUAUGCUUGAACAAUAACUCUUAGGGCCUUUAGGGUGUGUUCAAGAGCACUAUUAAGAUGCAGAAGGGAAGAGGAGUGUAUAACCAUCUGCCCUUGUGGUUGGUUUGCGGUAUGAAGUCUCUCCAUAAGUAUAAGUAGUGGUAGCUCGGCCUUCUGCCCCUGCAUCCUCAAUGGAGCAAGGCCUGAUCUAGAGAACAUCCCGUCCAUAUCUAACAAUGACACAGGGCACACAGGAAGCAGCCAUGUAUCGGGUCAGUAUUUUCUAACCUAGUGUUUUCUGCUGUGAUUGGCAGUUGCUUUCCAGGGCUUCGAGCAGGAGGGCUUUUUUGCAAUGCAAGCUGAACCACCCCCACUUAUAUUUAGAGAAGUGUGAAAAAAAUUAAGGAAUGAGGAAGAAAUACAGUGGGCAGGCGGGUUAGAGGCAGAUGCAAAGGUGUUUAAAAGGGAAGGGGAGACAUAGGUUGGUGAGAAUAUACAGAUCAGCUGUAGAAAGCAAAUACACCUCUAUGGUGAUGUAAAGAGGAGCAAAUUAUGUUUACAUGCAUUGCCUACAGCUGUCGUCAGACAAAUUUGUGUGGAUGUCCAGGAAGGGAAGAUUAUCAUCCAGUAAAAUGGGCACAAGGUGUUUGCAUGCACAUAUGCUAAACUCAUAUCCAUCCAUCCUUUUCCACUCACAUGUCCUGAAGUGUUGCUUGCUUGACCCUGAGCACAGUAUAACACACCUUUAUACUUCUGGGAGAGAAGAUAGCGCUGCUGUGUGGACAAGAAUGUACCAAAAUAACUUGAGCCAUCUGUGAAUCUUUUAUUGUGGCAUUUGUAGAAAAUAAAAUUUGAACUAUUCUGUCA